AGCUUUUCUUUUUCUUUCCAAUAUCUCCUCGUAGUUUGCCUCUGUAAACCUUGUCUGGUAGACUUUUCCGAGCCUGGUCACCUGAUAACCGUCACGUGCACCCGCCCCAUGCAGUGACGUCGUUUAUGUCGUACUGGAGCAGGGAGUAGCUCCUUCAACGCCUCGAACUACAACUUCGCAGGGCUAGAUCGCAUUCACAAUAUGGACGACAGAACUUCAAACUUACACGGUGAUUCCCCUAAGAGAACCUCAUCCCGAGGGCCGCAGCCAGAAGAAGUUGUCGUUGACAGCUCAUCGCAACCUCCCACCACCGCGGCAGCUACCUCAACUGCACCAUCAUACUCACCCAUCUACGCCACCGCGCAACCCAACGACAUACCUUCUUUGCCCGUGCAAACGCCAGCGCCUGCGCCGGCAGCACCUCCAUCCUCAACAUACACCCCCACACCAAUCACCAUGAGCGACGCCCCCAUCCCAAGCUCGAGCAUCACGGCCACGACCACGACCACGACCACGACCACCUCUCCCCCACCCCCACAGCCAGGAGCUCCUCCCGUCCCAGCACCUACAACUUCAGCCUCAGCUUCCGCCCUAGGAACCUCCAUACCUCCACCCCCCAAAGCAAGCGAGAUCCCGAAUCCAACCGCCACAGCAGCAGGAGCACAACCACCAGCACAACCACCACAAACAACCGCAGCGCCAGCAGUCACAGCAAUCACCCCAUCAACAACAAACCCCCAACCCCCAUCGGCCCUCCAACCACAACAACAAUUCCCAUACAGCACCACAACACAACACCAAUACAGCCCCCCAAACCCAGCCCCCACGGCUAUCCCCAACGCAACAACAACCCCCUACCCCUCCCUCUACCAGCCUCUGACCAGCGCCACAACGACUUCGCGCCCGGCAGCGACGGCGACGGCAACGUCCCAACAACUCCCGCUGCACUACGACCCCGGCGUCUCGGGGCGGGUGGAUCUCGACGAGGACGGCGCGGCGGGAAGCAGCAUCAUGGCGAACGCCAAGUCGUGGCUCCGCAGUGCGGGGACCAAGUUGGCCGAGGUGGAGGCGGAGGUGUGGAAGAAGAUUAAUGAUGUGCAUGAUAAGUGAGCCUCUCCUCUUCUCUUCUGAUCAAGAAACAGUAGUGGGGGGAGGGGGGUCAUGUAUCUAGUGGGUUGGGGGAGGGGGUUUGAAUAUUGAACGUGUCUUGCUGUGUUGGGCCAGGGGGAGGAGUUCUAGGAUCUUAUCUUUGUUGCUUGUAGUUUGUUUUUGGGUGUUUGGGGUGAGUGGGUGGGUUUUUGUUCGUGUCAACUAUCGGAGGUUGUAGGGCUAAAAGUGAGUAUCUGGUUGUUGGGGGGUGGUAACGCUUGCCUGUUGCGGAGGUUGAGAGUUCCAAGGUAGCACUUGGUUCAACCUGUAUAUGUGAUAAGCUGUUCAAUAUGAUUACUGCUUACCUAUUGAUAA